AUGAACUACUUGGAAGGGAAUGAAAAGAAAGGGAAACGAAGGAUCAGGACAACAUUCACAGCAGAGCAGCUUCAAGAGCUAGAGAGGAUCUUCCACGUUACACACUACCCAGAUGUUAACAUUCGCAACCAGCUAGCAGCAAAGAUCAAUCUCCCAGAAGCCAGGAUCCAGAUCUGGUUUCAGAAUCAGCGGGCAAAGUGGAGAAAGCAUGAAAGAUUUGGCAAUUUUUGUGGUCUUCAGCAUCUAACUGAGGUUGAUUUUAUCCCAGCUCCAAAGGCAGAGACAGUAGGUCCCUGCCGGGUGCCAUGCAGCCGUUGUGGCAUAGGCCCCCACGCAUGGCAGUACUCAUUGAUCCAAGAGCAUUCCUCAUCUUCCUGGUUACCAGACAUGACGUCCUGUGCCCUGCUGCGCACGGAUCCAAUGAUGUUCUCAAAGCCUUAUCUACUCUUUGACUACCUCCCUCAGUACAGCCUCCCACCUCUGUCCUUGAAACCAGCAUGGAGGCAUAUUAGUGGCAAUUUCACAUAG